UUCACCAACCACCGCAGAUCGCUCCCUACCAUGUUCAAGGGCCUGACCAAAGACCUCACGGGCUCCGCGGACAUCUGCAACACCGCCAAGGACUUCGGCAAGCUACACGCGGCGUCGUACCUGCUCCCGGGCGAGGACAUCCUGUUCGCGUUCGAGUCGGCCAAAGAGGAGUUCGCCUUCACCAACGAGGCGCUGAUCAUGACGGUGGGCGAGAACGCCACCACAACGCGCAAGCUCGUGCAGCGCGCCACGUACCGAGACUGCCCCAUCUCCGGCGUGCUCUUCGAGACAACGGGGCGCGUGGACCGCGACUGCGAGAUCAAGUUCCACAUCGGCGAGUUCGACGUGUCCAUCGACAUCGCCCGCAAGGAAGAGGAGUUCGUCAAGGGCUUCUACAAGACGCUGCUGCUGCUCGCCCGAGAGCAAAAGUCGCGCUCUCGCAGCUGGGGGCAAGCCGAGAAGGGGCUGGACGAAGCCGCGGACAGCUUGAAGAUCUCUGCCGGGCACGACCUCGUGUCCCAAGCGACGUCGGCCGCCGAAUGGCUCGAAAACGCCUUCAACCAGCGCAAUCCUCGCUGCUAUCGCGAAGUUAUCACCGGCGCAAUGGCUCAGACUGUCGCCGAGGGCAAGAAUUGCUCAAUGAGGGUGCACUUCAACUGUAUCCAUUGA